UUGGCGGCUAGUCAUAAAGUGGCUAUAACCACUGCAGCCAUGAACGAAGAAGCAUUCAAGAUCAUAGCGUACGUGUUGUACGCGUUAAUAUUGGUACACAUUAGAACUACUAUGGCUCUUGUGGCUAUGGUGAUAUCCCACAGCACACAGCAUCAGCGAACGCUCAUCGCUUGUGCCAUGAACACGACUUAUGCUUUUUCCACUCGACUAUCAAGGACCUCUCGGAAUUGCUGGAUGCGAGUCAGAAGCAAAGACUGGUGGGAGAGAGUGGUUUUAACUGAAUUUUCUGACUGCGAAUGGAGAGAAACUUUUCGAAUGUCACGAGCUUCAUUCAAUAAACUUUGUGGCUUAAUGGAAGGAGUUUUGAGUCCGGAGGACAAAACGAUUCGUGCCCCGAUACCGCUUCAGAUGAGGGUUGCUAUUGUUCUGUACAAGCUUGCUGGUUCUGCGGAAUACCAACUUGUCGCUCGUCAGUUUGGCGUUCAUGAGUCCACCGUGAAGAAGUUUGUGUACUCCUUCUGCAAGGGAAUGACCUCCUCUGUGAUACACAGCCUUAUUAAAGUGCCUACAGUGGAGGAAGCGAUCGAUAUCGCACGUCGAUUCGAACAGAAGUUUAACAUCCCUCAGAUCCUGGGCUGUAUCGAUGGGACACACGUUCCAGUUUUGCCUCCAAGUGACGGACACAAACACUUUUUGAACCGCAAAGGAUGGCCUUCAUAUGUACUUCAAGCAGUGGUGGACGACAUGUAUCGGUUUUGGAACAUAAACUGCAAGAUGCCCGGAUGUGCACACGAUGCGAAAGUCCUCAGACAGUCAGUGUUAUUUACACAGGCACAUCUGUUACCAAAGGAACCCAAGGAAAUCAACAGAACUCCUGUCAACCUUUUCCUCCUUGGUGAUCCGGCCUACCCCCUUAUGAACUGGCUCAUGAAGGAUUACACCCGUUCCCCAAAUAUCACUCCGGAACAGGAGUCAUUUAACAUUUAUUUAAGUUCUGCUCGGACAACUGUGGAGAUUGCUUUUGGUAGACUCAAGUCUCGCUGGAGAGUGUUGCUGAAAAGGGGUGCUUUUCAUUAUACAUUCACGCCGCACGUUGUGGCCACCUGUUGUGCAUUGCACAAUUUUUGUGAACGUGAGAAAGAAGCCGUCACGCCGGCCUGGCUAGAUGAAGUAGCAAUUUUGGAACAUGACCUACCCCAGCCAGGGAUGGGUUCAUACCAUGCCACAGACUGUACAGAUGGUGAGAACGUGAGGCUGGCUUUAACAGAAUAUUUGAAAUUAAAUUUUCCUCUACGUAAGUAGAAUUCAUUGUUUUAAUUACAUGAAUUACAUGAAUUUGUCUACAUUCACACAUGUAUUGAAUGAAGUCGUGUUUUUAUUUUAUAUUAAGUGCAUCAAAAAAUUGCAAAAAAUAUGAGUGGCAACAGCUUCUGCUUUUUUUCCAGUUUUUCCCAUCCGAUGUAUGUCUUUUUUGCCGGUGCAGUUUUUUGGUGGAAAUCUGAAUGAAAAGCCCGUCUAAGUCACAGUACUUGGGAGAGCCAGACUAAUGUCUACCCGGAAGGAGUUUCAGUUUCUAUUUGAGUGCAAUGUACAAUUGAACCACUAGAUGGCAGUAAAUCAGAUAAUGGGAUUGUUGUGGCACAACUUAAGAAUUAGCUUUAUUGACCAUGUAUGCUUACACAAACAAAUAAUUUGACUUUGGUUAAAUUAGCUUUCUCUGUACAUAUUUUUUUGUAGCGUAUCUUAUCUAUAAAAUCGGGCGUCAAUCGAUGUCCAUGCAUUGAAAUCUGUAGUGCGCAUUAGGCGUAUAGUGCCCUCUAGCGAUAAAUGUUAAUGAUUGCAGCUCGCGUGUGUAUGUAACCUUGCCGCUUGUUAGCCAAACUUUGCUAAGUAAGAUAGCAACGGUACCGCUGCGACAACGUUUUAUUCUACAAACGUCACUUUACAAUGGCAGUUAUUCAUUUAUCCGCAGCGUGACGUAUUUUGCUUUCGGUUGGUUUAUUUAAGGUUAUUGUGGGUAGUUUUAGCCUCGCCAUACAAGCAGUGGGCGUGCUUGUUCAAGUCAGUGUCUCUUGACAACAACAGUACGGAAGUGGUUCCAUUUCUGCACUGAUUUCCUCGUUAAUCCAUUAAAAACAUAUGUUUGACUUGAUAAAAUGACAAUUUGACAAGAACUACACUGCUUCUUGUAUUUUAGGUGUAGCACGGUUUAGAUUAAUGCACUGACACCGCCUUCCUUGGCUUUACCGGCCUUUCCGGAAAGUUCUGUUUUGGUGAGUUCACCCUGCAGUCGAAGGAGACGCCAGAGCAGCGAGCAUGGCCGCCGACCACGAGCCUUCAUUCACCGUCAAGUUGACCCAGCUUCUGCUGAUCUCCACAUAUUGGGGUAUGCAGAUUUGGGUCACCUUCAUUUCAAGUUUUGUGAUGGACAACCACCUGAACAGACACACGUACGGCUUCAUUCAAAGCCGCCUGGUUCCCUUCUACCUACACCUGGGCUCCGCCUGCGCCUUCUUCAACCUCACCAUCUAUGCCAUUUAUCAUCCUAGUGACAUGCUAGACGACAGAGAGGCCUUCCAGAUCUUCAUCUUCUUCGUGUCAGUCACGAUCGCAGCCAUCAACGCCCAGUGGUUCGGCCAGAUGACGUCGGAGAUCAUGGCCGACAUGCACCUAGUCGAGCAGGCGUGCGGACUGGGCCAGGACAUCGGCCUGUCGUCCAACCGCGAGGCGUACGCCAAGCUGUGCGAGACGGACGCCAAGUAUCGCCACCUGAGCAGGCGCCUGUGGCUCUACAGGCUGCUGUCGUCACUCUGUAAUAUCUGCUGCAUCGCCUGCAACUUCUACAGCUUCAGCUACAUGGCCGAGAACCUCAGGACGCUGUGAUCCUGGCCCACGGACUCUUCAAUCCCCCUAUCAAGGCCACUUUUUUAUAAGGAGUAAGUUAUCUAUUUAAUACAUCUGUGCCUUAUAAAUCACGGAAGUGUGCACUAGAGUUUACUACUUCCACUACUCUACUCAGGACCUUAUGAGAGCAAAUAUGCCUUCACCAAGGUAAACACUAGUGAGUCGGUGCUGCUCAGUCCUGCUCCUCCUGUUUUGGUCAAACUCACACCCAAAGGCAAGUUGUUGUUUUUUUUUUUUUUAGCAACAUCUUUAACUGUCAUGUUAAAAAGCAUCCUUUUCUACAAUGACAAAAUUAAUCACAUCUUGAAGUAAUUGUGGCAUUAUUUGGCUGCAACAAGCAGAGGUUCUAUGCGAAGGUAAGCGCCAAAUAUCAAUAACUCAUGCAGGUAACGUUAUUCUGAUUUGAUAUACAGGUGGUCCAUUGGUUGGGGUUUUCAUCAAUUAAGAACUUAUUUUGGGGGGCUGUAAACACUGGACCCUUGGAAAAGUAAUUUCGCUAAGUGCAGCAGUUGAAUCAUGCACGUCAUGAUGGAUCUCAGGCAUAAGGUAGUUCCUCUGUUGGAAAUAAAAAUGAACAUCAAAGCUCUUUGAAGGCAAAACUCCAUUAGAAGGAUAAUGCUCGUAUCCUUCAACAUGUUAAAGCAAGUGCUCAUAUGAAAGCGACAGUAAUAACAAAGCAAAGUAGUCUGAUUUUGUUUUAUUUGUAAGGGCAGGGCAGGUGUUGUUCUCCUUUUUAUUCCAAUUUGAUUAUUGUAUUUUAUAUGUCCGUGUGUUCUGUGUACAAUGGGAGUGACUUAGGAGUUUAGGAACGGAACUUGGAAAUAACCCAACGACCACGUGUAUAUCAAAAACGUUUAAAUGAUUGAUUAAAAAUGUGUACAUUGCAAGUAGAGACAGUAGUCGAUGUGGGUACUGAGCUGCAGUGGUUGGGAUCUGUUUUGGUGCUAACUUGGUGGGCCCUCAACAGGUUAUGUCAGAAUGAAUGGGGCAAGGCUAGGAAUUAUAAGUUUGUUUGUCUUGGGACUCCCCCUGCUGUUGGCAUGAGGGAGACACAUUGAAAGCAUUAAAGGAAAACUGCCCUUUUUUUUUUGUUUUGCCCAACAUCCACUAUCCUUAUGAGACAUGAACAUGUCUUUCUCUUUCCUGUGCAAUGUAAAGCUGUAAAAAGUGGUAACUCAUUAAUGCAAGUACUAGGAUGACCCUCUAUGUGCAUUCUUAGCGCACUCUCUUUAUCUUUAGAAAGCUCAGAAAAGAGAAAGGUGUGUUCAUGUCCCACAUGGGGUUGUGAAAAAAGGUGCGGUUUUCCUUGAUCAUGUGAUAUUUGACCUUGGACUGCAUCUGGGACACAGAUAAAUGGCAACACCAAUGCAAUAUUAGACAUUUUUACGAUGUAUGUAAAGUUGACUGUUUUAAGCUCUACUGCGGAAAAUAAGAUUGUCUUAAGGUCAAAAGUUGUGUAAAUGGUCUACAUGUCUAUGUUCUUACUCAGGAAACAUGAAUGUAAAUCAACUUGAACAUAUUGUGACUUGACCUUAAGGGAAAUACAGUAUGGACUGUCA